AUGCCCAACGACGAUGCCUUCAGCAAGCCCUCGACCCCGGCAGAGGCUCCGCACGCCCCCGGGUCUGCCCCACAGGGCAAGGGCGCUGGCUUCGGAAAGGGGACCGGGCCGCUGGCGGGCGCGGGGGGCUGCGGCGGCGCGGGGUCCGGGGCGGCGGGUAAGAAGUCCCCGAGGCUGCCCAAGUGUGCGCGUUGUCGGAACCACGGCUACGCGUCGCCGCUCAAGGGCCACAAGCGCUUCUGCAUGUGGCGGGACUGUCAGUGCAAGAAGUGCAACCUGAUCGCCGAAAGGCAGCGCGUGAUGGCCGCGCAGGUGGCUCUGAGGAGACAGCAGGCCCAGGAAGAGGAACUGGGCAUCAGCCACCCCAUCCCGCUGCCCAGCGCAGCCGAGCUACUGGUCAAGAGAGAGAAUGGCGGUGGUGGCGGCGGUGGAGGCAGCAAUCCCUGUCUGAUGCCUGAGAGCAGCAGUCCCUCGCAGCCACCGGUGCCAGCCAGCACUCCCACCACGGUGGCCUCAGAGAGCCGGAUGGUCAUCCCGGAUAUCCCUGUUGCUACCAGCAGGGGGCACAUGGAGAACGCACCUGAACUGGUGCCCGACUCUGCCUACUACAGCAGCUUCUACCAGCCUUCGCUGUUCCCCUACUACAACAACCUCUACAACUACCCGCAGUACUCCAUGGCCCUGGCUGCCGACUCUGCCCCUGGGGACAUGGCCAGUCCCCUUGGGGGCUCCCCCGUGAAGAACAGUCUGCGGAGCCUCCCGGCACCUUAUGUGCCGGGUCAGACGGGAAACCAGUGGCAGAUGAAGAACUUAGAGAGCCGCCACACCAUGAGUUCACAGUACAGGAUGCAUUCCUACUACCCACCUCCUUCGUACCUGGGCCAGAGUGUCUCUCAGAUCUUCACCUUUGAAGACGGCUCUUCCUACUCAGAAGCAAAAGCCAGCGUCUUCUCGCAGCCCAGCAGCCAGGACCCAGGCCUCGUGUCUCUCUCCAACAACUCUCCUAUCAGCAACGAAAGCACAAAGGGGGUGCUGGAGUGCGAGUCAGCGCCCGAGCCCAGCAGCUUUGCGGUGACCCGGGUGAUGAACGAAGACGAGUGA